CUCGCCCACUACCAAGCUAUCCUAGGGGAGUCGUGUAUAUAAAGCUCUUGAGAGUGAUUCUCGUCACAGUUCACUCUCUGCUGUUCUCUCCUAGAGGCCCCUAGCAGUCUUCACAAUGACUGGUGCUGGUGUGAUGUUUCUGGUCCUGGUGGGAGCCGCUUGUGCCUGGCCGCAAUUCAACACUUCCUUGACAUUUCCAUUCUUUCCUCGAGAGAACGGAGGGUCCUUCCAAACCAGUUCUUCCUCCAACAGCUCCUCCUCGUCCUCGAGGUCCUCCUCGACCUCCAGCUUCGCCUCGUCUGUAGCAGGAACAGAGUUCAAGAAUUCAUCUGCCAGUGACAAAGAUUCUGCAUCAAACAGUUCGUCUACCUCCUCCUUUUCCGGGUUCGUGUCUGGAGAGGACGCAGAAGGCGCCUGGAACCAUUUUGCUGCUGCUUCAGGAGGUCUCUUCCCCGGGGUCCAUGGAGCUGGAGUGGGAUCCUCCAACCAGAGCUCCGGUCCAGAUGCUCAGGGAUCCACUGCAGGAUUUGGAGCCGUCAGUAACGAUUCUUCUUUAGGGAAUCUGAAUUCGAGUACAGGGUUCGAGUCUGGCACUCCGGGUUCUGCGACAGGUAUUGAGGUAACUACUUCAGGCUUCGGAUCCAGCACUCAAGGCCCUGCUUCAGGUAUUCAUGGAUCUACAACAGGCUUCGGAUCCAGUACUCAAGGUCCGCCUUUAGGCUUCGGAUCUAACACUCAAGGUCCGCCUUUAGGCUUCGGAUCUAACACUCAAGGCCCUGCUUCAGGUAUUCAUGGAUCUACAACAGGCUUCGGAUCCAGUACUCAAGGUCCUGCUUCAGGCUUCGGAUCCAGUACUCAAGGCCCUGCUUCAGGCUUCGGAUCCAGCACUCAAGGUCCGACUUCAGGCUUCGGAUCCAACACUCAAGGUCCUGCUUCAGGCUUCGGAUCCAGUACUCAAGGCCCUGCUUCAGGCUUCGGAUCCAGCACUCAAGGUCCGACUUCAGGCUUCGGAUCCAACACUCAAGGUCCUGCUUCAGGCUUCGGAUCCAGUACUCAAGGCCCUGCUUCAGGCUUCGGAUCCAGCACUCAAGGCCCGACUUCAGGCUUUGGAUCUAACACUCAAGGUCCGACUUCAGGCUUUGGAUCCAGCACUCAAGGUCCGACUUCAGGCUUUGGAUCGAGCACUCAAGGUCCGACUUCAGGCUUCGGAUCCAGCACUCAAGGUCCUGCUUCAGGUUUUCAUGGAUUCAGAACAGGCUUCGGAUCCAGUACUCAAGGCCCUCCUUCAGGCUUCGGAUCAAGCACUCAAGGUCCAGCUUCAGGCUUCGGAUCCAGCACUCAAGGUCCAGCUUCAGGCUUCGGAUCCAGCACUCAAGGUCCAGCUUCAGGCUUCGGAUCCAGCACUCAAGGUCCAGCUUCAGGCUUCGGAUCCAGCACUCAAGGCCCUGCUUCAGGCUUCGCAUCAAGCACUCAAGGCCCUGCUUCAGGCUUCGCAUCAAGCACUCAAGGCCCUGCUUCAGGCUUCGCAUCAAGCACUCAAGGCCCUGCUUCAGGCUUCGCAUCAAGCACUCAAGGCCCUGCUUCAGGUUUCGCAUCAAGCACUCAUGGCCCUGCUUCAGGUUUUCAUGGAUUUAGAACAGGCUUCGGACCAAGCACUCAAGGCCCUGCUUCAGGAUUCGGAUCCAGCACUCAAGGUCCUACUUCUGAAACUCUUGAGACCACUGGAGAAUAUAGAUCCGACAAUCGUGAUUUUGGACCAGUGCACCAAGGAUCAUUUGCUGAUGACUCAACCACCCAAGAAUCCCUUAGAAACUCUUUUGGAUCUGUCCCCCAGGGCACUUCUACUGGCUCUUUUGGAUCCGUCCCCCAGGGUAGCUCUACCGCCUCUUUUGGAUCCGUCCCCCAGGGUGCCUCUACCGGCUCUUUUAGAUCUGUACCGGAGGAUGUCUCUGAUGGCUCUUUAAGACCCGUCAACCAGGGUGCCCCUGAUCACCCUUCCAGACCCGUCACAUAUGGAACCUCUAACGUCUCUUUUCAACCCGUCCAUCAGGGUACCUCUAUUCGCUCUUCUAGACCCGUUACCCAUAGUGCUUCUGGUGACUCUUUCAGCCCCGUCAACCAGGGUGCCUCUGAUGGCUCUAUUGGAUCCGUCCCUCAGGGCGACUCUAACGUCACAUUUAGAUUAUCAUCCCAGGACGAAUCUUUAAGCCAAGGGUCUAGUGGCUUUGGACCAACCUCCAUCGAGGCCUCAGAAACCCAAGUAACUGAUGGUGAAUUUGGAGCUAAGCUUCACAAUGCUUCAGGGAGUCAAGAACCAUCUGUUGAAUUCAAUCCCGAAGCCCGACACCCAUCUGGACCCCAAGGAUCUUCAACUGCAUUUCGACCAGGAGCCCAUAGUCCAUCAGGGGGUCGAGGAUCUGUUUUCUUUGGAUCUUCAGCGCAUGGUGCAUAUGGUAGCCAUGGAUCUUCUGUAGUUUUUGCAUCUUCAACUGAAGGGGAUUCAUCCAACGAGAUAUCUGCUACAGAUAACUCGUCUACUAGCAAUAGUUCGUCUAUUGGUAACAAAGAUUUCGCAGGUUUUGUUCCAAGAAGACCAGGGUCAACUGACGGAUCAUUAUCGAACACAGACGAUUCCUCUGCUGUCAUAUCGUCAAGCAGCGGGUCACAUGCAAGAGUCGUCAGUCAAGAUUACAUUCUUCCACCAGCCACCCUGGAGUCAUCUGGCUCUGGUUUCGGUGUCAAGGGCUCCAGUGUCACUGAAGAUAUCAGCAGCAAUAGCCCAGUUCACGCAGGCUCUUGUCCGGACUUUCCGAAUGUGUGCGUCUUGACUAAGUCUAGAAGAACAGUCAAGAAGUGUUCGAACGACGGCUCUUGCCGCGCCUUCGAGAAGUGCUGCGUCGAUGCCUGCCAGUCCGACAGCUGGGUCUGCAAGCCUGCCAUAACCUUCCCUGUCGUGUGGGGCUCCCCAGUUAUCGUUCAGCCCCUUAACUGGUGAUAAUCAGUCUCCACUCAGCCCCUUAACUGGUGAUACCCAGCCCUCACUUAGCCCCCUAACUGGUGACCUUCAGUCCUCACUCAGCCCCUUAACUGGUGAUAUCCAGCCCUCACUCAGCCCCUUAACUGGUGAUAUCCAGCCCUCACUCAGCCCCUUAACUGGUGAUAUCCAGCCCUCACUCAGCCCCUUAACUGGUGAUAUCCAGCCCUCACUCAGCCCCUUAACUGGUGAUAUCCAGCCCUCACUCAGCCCCUUAACUGGUGAUAUCCAGCCCUCACUCAGCCCCUUAACUGGUGAUAUCCAGCCCUCACUCAGCCCCUUAACUGGUGAUAUCCAGCCCUCACUCAGCCCCUUAACUGGUGAUAUCCAGCCCUCACUCAGCCCCUUAACUGGUGAUAUCCAGCCCUCACUCAGCCCCUUAACUGGUGAUAUCCAGCCCUCACUCAGCCCCUUAACUGAUGAUAACCAGCAAUCACUCGGCCCUUAACUGAUGAUAACCAGCAAUCACUCAGCCCUUAACUGGUGACGUCUAAUUACAUCACCAAUUAUUAAAAUAUUUCUACAGCACAAAGACUAAGUCAUAAAGUGCUUGUAUGUACAUAGUUAUCUGAAUUAAUUUCAUUCCAUUUUGCAAAGUGAUGCAAAAAAUGUGUUCAUAUUAAGACAAUAAUUCAGGUUUAAUAAAUGCAGGAACUACACUCUUUUAAGCAAGUAAUUAUCAUAUUACACUCCCCUAUUUUUAAGUAUAUUUAUAACAUAGUAACUGAGGCCUCCUGUCAGAGGUCUCUUUUACGACAACGUUGAUUGGUUGAUGUCGAACCAAUUUCAUUGUCUAUAUGUAUACAGUGAUAAUUUAAUAUAUUAUUAAAUAUACAAAUA